UGCACAUUAGACGAAUGGUCUCAAAACAAUUUAUAUGUGUAUACAAAAAUAGCUUUAUUUAUUUUUGCAUUAAUGGAUGAUUAUUAAUACAUUGUGCAGAAACAACAAGUGUAUUAGGAAGAUAUCGUUUUUUUUAAAGUAUAUCUAAGAACCAACUGUCUGCCCAUAAUCUGCAGCUAUUAUACAUUAACAUGGACAAUAUAUUAAUGAUGUUGCGUAUUUUCCGAUCAUGCUAACAUUUUACUGUAUUGUUGCAUUCAGUGGUUGAACGUAUGGAUUAACAUCCUUAUAGGAAAAUGACGUCUUUAUGAUACAUUAAAAUAGAGAUUUUAUUCUUUAAUGAAAAACGUUUGAAAUGAUUAACUGCCAGUGAAAUGGAUAGUUUUCAUUACCUAUUUCAUUUAUCAUAAUUUCUGUGAUCAUUUUAUGGCGUGUAACCUUCUUUUUGUCACAGCUUUUGAACAGUUCAACCCUUAAAUAAGAUAUUAAUUGUGUACGACCAGAAGUCAAGCAAAUUAUUCUCAAUAUUUGUCUUGCUAAGUUAAAUAAUCACCUCUCAUUCCUCAUUUCCUUUUCCCCAGAAAAACAAACAAGAAGGGAAGAAUUACAGAGAAUAAACAUCAGACUGGGGAAUUUAAAAAUUGAUUGGUUCUAGUGUGCUGUAAGUGGGAGUUUUUUUUCUCCCUCCGACAGGAAGUGAUUUGCAGUGUUCAGCAAGCCUUUUGUUGAGAAGGUUUUCUCAGAUCAGUGAGUCAUGCUUUAGCUCUGAGCCGGCAGGCAGGCAGCAGUCAGUAGAGAGUGUUUGCUCUUCCCUCGCAGUAUCCGUGAUCAUCGACAACAUAGACCUUUCUCUGUUCUCUUACUUUUUGGAUUUUUGAGGCUAGAAACCAUCAGCAGCAUCACCGCUGGAAACCAAACAAGCUGCACCACAACACUGGCAGCCUUUUACAGACCUUUUUCCUCUCCAUCCUCUUCCUCCUCUGCCUCAAUGCUGUGUUUCCAUGGAUUGUGUCUGUAUAUUGCUCUCUGACGGAUUGGAUUGCAGCUCUGGAUUUUACUGAGAGCAGAUUGGACUUUGGCGACAGCAGCAGCAGCAGCAGCAGCAGCAGCAGCUCAACACAACCACCACUGUAACCUCCAAUAGAGAAAAAAUUACAGUCAGGUGGCCUUUGAUUGCUAAAAGGCGUUUGCUGCCUGUACCGCUGCUGCUAUGUUACAGGAGAGGGUAAUCAGCACGGCUCAGCCACGUCUGCCAGCACACUUGUGAAAAAGGCAGGCUGUGCGCGUCGGUUGGUGGAGAGAGCAAGAGAGAGAAGGGUAUGCUUCACCGUACCAAAUACAACCGCUUCAGGAAUGAGUCAGUAACAUCCGUCGAUGAGCUUCUCCACGGCCUGUCCAUGAACCCCAAGGUCUCGGCCACCCCCCAGUCUGCAGCCGAGACAUCUUACACGCCCCCGACGGAGGUCCAGGCCUCCUCCACCUCCACCACUGCUUCCAGCACCUCCACCGGCCACGGCUCCGACCACCUGGAAGAUGGAGGCACCACCCUCUGCACCCUCAUCAACAAGGUGUCCAGCCUGAAAUUCAGCAACUCAGGCAGCCUGCUGGGCAUCAAAGGUCUGCCCUCGGCUGUCAAGGACCUGGCUGUGUCUAAGCUGCAGGGGGGUGGGGGAUCCAGUGGUUCGAGCCCCAGCGCGGCAGCCUCUGGUGUGGGCUCGGCCUCCCAUUCAUCCCCCGUCAACAUGAGCAAGAAGAGCAGGCUGGACGAGCACCAGCCCGGCGGAGAGGACUGGAACACAGGUGGGGGUAGCGGACUGUUGAGCAAACCCCCCCGAGGGUGGCUACACUCGAGCGAGAAGAUCUCUGGUCCAGGAGUGACAUAUAUUGUGAAGUAUCUCGGCUGUUUAGAAGUCCUUCGGUCAAUGAGAUCUCUGGAUUUCACCACAAGAUCACAAAUUACAAGGGAAGCCAUCAGCCUGGUGUGUGAGGCUGUUCCAGGGACCAAAGGAGCUCUGCGCAAGAGAAAGCCACCAUCCAAAGCUCUGUCCAGUAUCUUGGGGAAGAGCAACCUGCAGUUUGCUGGCAUGUCCAUCAACCUGAAUAUCUCCACCAGUAGCCUCAACCUGAUGACCCCCGACUGCAAACAGAUCAUAGCCAACCAUCACAUGCAGUCCAUCUCUUUUGCAUCAGGUGGAGACCCCGACACAACAGAUUUUGUUGCCUAUGUAGCAAAGGACCCUGUGAACAGAAGAGCAUGUCACAUCCUGGAGUGCUCUGAUGGGCUGGCCCAGGACGUUAUCAGCACCAUCGGCCAGGCCUUUGACCUUCGCUUCCAGCAGUACCUUCAGUGCCCCUCCAGCAAAAUGUCCUCUACACAUGACAGGGUAUUAAACAUGGAGGAGUUGCCAUGGACAGAGGAAGAGGAGGAGUCAUCAGAGCAUCCUUACUACAACAACAUCCCCGGGAAGAUGCCGCCCCCUGGAGGCUUCAUCGACACCCGGCUGACCAAUCAGAAUGCAGCGUCAGAGGGAGGCCAGAUGGGCCCAGCUUCAGUGGAUCAGACAUAUUACCAAGGGCGGCACUGUGGAGAACACUGGGGAGAUGGAAGAAAGCCCAUAAUCAUACAACAGGGAUCCUUCGACAUAAACAGUCUGCCGGAGAGUAAAGGUCAGGCCUCAAAACCAGCAGAGAUGCCGGCGUAUGUGAACACUCAGCAGAUCGACGCCCAGGUGCUCGUUGCACUCCAGGCAGAGGCAGAAAAUGUGACGAAGGGCAUGGCGGCCGCAGCCAAAGAGAGCCCUCAGAAGGACCUGUUCGACAUGAAGCCCUUUGGGGAUGCCAUCCAGUCGCAGUCCAACCCGGGGUCCCAGGGGCCGGCCCAGCCCCAGGUGUCCAACCUCCACAAGGCGGCGUCCGUGGACAACCUGAGUCCUCUGCUCGUGCGCUCCGUGGCCUUCAGGGCCCAGGAGGAGCUGGAGGGCAAGACGUGGUACCACGGCAAAAUGAGCCGCCGCGACGCUGAGAAACUGCUGAAAGAAGACGGAGACUUCCUGGUUCGUAAGAGCACUACCAACCCGGGGUCCUACGUCCUGACGGGCAUGCACAAUGGACUUUCCAAACACCUGCUGCUGGUGGACCCUGAAGGCACGGUACGGACAAAAGACCAUAUAUUUGACAGCAUUAGCCAUCUUAUUGGCCAUCACCGUGACAACAAUCUGCCGAUUGUGUCAGCUGGGAGUGAACUGUGUCUCCUGCAGCCCGUUGGGAGGAAACAGUGAUGUUUGCAAUGCCUGCUGGGAAAUGGGAAGCUCUGAACAGUCUCUCCUAUCAUCCUGAAACUUGAAGCUGGAACAUGUGAAGAUGCUUGAAGGCUUUACGCGCUGACAGUGAUUUUGGGGGAUUGGCCCGUGCUUACUUUACUGGAGGCACUGGAAGACCCAAGAUUUGUUUAAGAUAAAAUAAAUUAUUUAUAGAACUGUUAUUAUUUUGUUGUGAGGACUGAAAUGCUAUAUUUUUGAGAAGACAUAGGUGCAUUUGGACAUAAUAUCUUGAUUUGGUGUUUAAAAGCUAAAAGAAUAAAAAAAGACAAUUGUUCUUGUAGUUUAGAUCAAACCUCAAAGAGGUGUUAACAAGAGUAUUUUAGAAUAAAGACCUACAAUUUUAGUUUUGUCUGUCAAGCACAACCACAUUUCUACAGAAGCCGUUGGCUGAGAGGAUGAGCAAACAAACAGUUUGGAAAACGUAGUUUUUAAUGAAUUAGUUUGAUAAAAAAUGGUCCUUUAAUCUCUCCGAUAGUGUGACAGCUCACUAAAUUAGUCACUAUAUGAAAUCUGCUUUUAUUGGGGAUUAGACCUGAAUGUGUUUUGCUUUGCAGUAGUCACAACGUGUUGGGGUGCUAACAGGCAUCCUUCAUAGUGCUGUCAAUGGCUUUAAAGAUAAACUUUUUGUAUGAAGUGUUUUCUCGUGUCACUGCAGUCGCAUGACUUAAAAUCAACUGUUCUUGUGGACAUUGUUCGUAGACCUUGAGACCCCUUCAUUUGAAAGAGGUGCUUGUGUAUGCUGACACUGUCAAAACUAUUUAUGCUUUUCAACCAGUGAUUAUUUCUGAA